CGUCGCCAGACUUCCUCAUGGCUACGACAUGGGCAAUUCAAAUAGUUCGCGGAAAAUCUCCGCACAGGAUAAGGCGAUUCUAGAUAUGAAGAACCAGCGGGACAAGCUGCACCAGUACCAGAAGCGCAUAACCGUCCUCACGGACCGCGAGAAGGAGAUCGCGAAAGAGUGCUUAGCACGCGGCGAUACGAACAAGGCGAAGCUCGCACUACGGCGGAAGAAAUACCAGCAAUCGCUACUCGCGAAGACAGACCAGCAGCUCGCGCAGCUUGAGCAGUUGACCAGCGAUGUCGAGUUCGCGCUCGUGCAGAAGGAUGUGCUGUUCGGCUUACAACAGGGGACCACUGUGCUGAAGGAGAUCCAUAAGGAAAUGGGCGGCAUUGAGAACGUAGAGAAGUUACUGGGCGAGAGCGAGGAGGCGCGGGCUUACCAGCAGGAAAUCAGCGACCUCCUCGCGAACAAGAUGUCGAACCAAGACGAGGACGAAGUAGAAGACGAGCUCGAAGCCCUCGAAGCCGAAGUCAACGGCGUCGCGCUACCUGACGCGCCCGUUAAACAGCCGGAACUAACAGCGAAGGAAAGGGCACAAAGGAGAGCGAGGGAACGCGCUGCUGAGGAGGGUGCGCAGCCCAUGUUGGCAUAACAUCUCGGGAUUUGUAGUCAGAAAGCAUUAGAGCGGGGCGUUGAGGUGUUAGGAGACACAUUAGCACACGCGUGACAUACCAUCUUUGUUUUGCAUUUGGACACGAUAGCUAUUGCUGUGGUCAAUCGCAUCUUCAGGAUAUUCCACUUGCAUAGGCGUACUUGGCUUGGCUGUCCACGUGCUCACGAUGCGGGCAAUGAUGCGCAGGUGGCUCGAUUAGGCAACGUUUGUCG